AAUGGCCAUAUUGCUGCUCUGCUUUUUCUUACAGUCCUCUUCCAUGGCUUCUCUAACCUCUCAUCUAUUCAAGAAACUCAGAACAUUAUUCUUUCUGAUUGCUUUGCUAACCACAUCCGUAAGCUCAGAACAACAGUGUCGGAAAUUCAAAUCGAUUAUCAGCUUCGGCGAUUCGAUUACCGACACCGGAAACUUGCUCGGUCUCUCCGACGCUAACGAUCUUCCUCAAGCCGCAUUUCCUCCUUACGGAGAAACUUUCUUCCACGUCCCCACCGGCCGUUUCUCUAAUGGCCGCCUCAUCAUCGACUUCAUCGCUGAAUUUUUGGGACUUCCUUAUGUGCCUCCUUACUUUGGAUCUCAAAAUGGAAGCUUUGAGAAAGGAGUUAAUUUCGCUGUAGCAGGAGCAACGGCAUUGGAACGUGUCUUUCUUGAGAGCAGAGGAAUCCAUUAUGCUUACACCAACGUUAGCUUACGAGUUCAGCUUCAGAGCUUCAAGGAGAGUUUACCAAAUCUUUGUGGUUCACCUUCAGAUUGCAGAGAAAUGAUUGGAAAUGCUUUGGUUAUCGUUGGAGAAAUCGGAGGGAAUGAUUAUAACUACGGGUUCUUGGUUGGAAAAAGCAUCGUAGAGAUGAAAGAGCUGGUUCCGCUUGUAAUCAGUACUAUUUCUUCUGUAGUUACGGAGUUAAUCAGCAUGGGAGGCAGAACAAUCCUGGUGCCUUCAGACUUCCCAAUCGGAUGCUGGCCAUCGUUUCUAACACAGUAUCAAACAUCGAACCAAGAAGAAUACGAUCCUUUAACAGGAUGUUUGAAAUGGCUAAACGAGUUUAUAGAACGUCACAACGAGGAGCUUCAAGCAGAACUUAACCGACUCCAGAGACUUAACCCUCGUGUUACAAUCCUUUACGCUGAUUACCACAACGCCUUGUUGCAUACCUUCCAAGAACCGACCAGAUUCGGGUUCAUGAACAGACCCUUGUCAGCUUGCUGUGGAUCAGGAGGUCCGUACAAGUUUAAUAGUGUUAGACAGUGUGGGACUAAAGGAGUGGAUUGUUGUGUUGAUCCUUCAAAGUAUGUGCAUUGGGACGGUUUUCAUUUGACCGAGUCUGCGUACCGGUGGAUCGCACUUGGGUUACUCGAGGGUAACUACACGGUUCCUGCUUUCGACUGGUCUUGCCUCGGCUUUGAAUUCAAGAACAUAUCAUCACGUAAACAGUAUUCUCUUAGCAGUAGGUGAAUUGAUGCGAGUUGUAUCAGUGAUUUAUUUCCGGUUUGAUGAGUAAUCGACUAGUAAGGUGACUAAUUGUAUACACCACCGGUUAAAUAACUGAACCGGAUUGUUUUUUUAUUCAGCUUCAUAUAUAUAUAAAUAAACAUUGAAAUAGAG